AAGUCGGGUCACGACGGAAGUGGAUGGUAUGGAAAAAUGGCGGCGCUGAUAGUUCCCCGCCUUCCAGCACUUGGCUCUUUUAAUCUGAGGGCCUUUUCAUCAUUUUCUGCUCAUAAGAAGCUUCUUCCAUCAGAGAGCAAAGAUGAAAACUCUUCAUGUCUGGUCCCAUUCAGGGAGAAAAGCACAGCUCUGGCAGCAAAACCAUCUUCAGCCGUGAGCAGCAAGGGUGAAUACGUCAUCACCAAGCUGGAUGAUCUGGUCAACUGGGCACGCAGAAGCUCCUUAUGGCCCAUGACGUUUGGCCUGGCAUGUUGUGCAGUAGAGAUGAUGCACAUGGCCGCCCCGCGCUAUGACAUGGAUCGCUUUGGUGUCGUGUUCAGAGCCAGUCCCAGGCAGGCUGAUGUCAUGAUCGUUGCGGGGACGCUCACCAAUAAAAUGGCUCCUGCAUUGCGGAAGGUGUAUGAUCAAAUGCCAGAGCCCAGAUACGUCAUUUCCAUGGGAAGCUGUGCUAAUGGAGGUGGCUACUAUCACUACUCUUAUUCGGUGGUCCGUGGUUGUGAUCGCAUUGUUCCAGUUGACAUCUAUGUCCCAGGUUGUCCUCCUACAGCAGAGGCUCUGCUUUAUGGAACGCUGCAGUUGCAAAGGAAGAUCAAGCGGGAGAAGAGAAUUAAAAUUUGGUAUCGCAAGUGAGCUGUGAUUCUGUCUGUGUGUCUGUUCUGAAAUGUAUAUUUAAUAAUGGUCAUUUGUUGUGCUCGGAAGGCUGAUUUCUCUGGAGCUGCUCUGGUUUGAGUCCAGCUCCUCUUUGUAGCUGCAAUAAAAGACUUUCUGCUUUAA